UUUUAAAAUGAGUGACUUCACAACUAUACCUCAUAAAAGGCGAGGGUUAUUAUAAGAUAGAAUGAAAGAAAGAAAAACAGGUGUUCUUCUUUUCAUUUGUGCGCCUGCGUGAAGCUGAAAGCUUAAAGCUGAAAGAGAAAGAGAGACUUUCUUUUUCCUUUUGGUUCUUUUUGAUUUUAUAUUAAGUCCUCGCUUUUUCUCCCCCAUGAUUAAUUAUAGUUGUAUAUUCAGUCGCCCCUCCUCAUAAAUUUAUCUAAAUUAUUCAAUUUUUUCAUAAAGCCGAAUUCAAUCCACACACCCCUUUGUGCGAAUUUUAAUUUUAAUUAAAUUCCAUCGAUCUUUCCGCUAAUGUUGAGCAACAUCAAUAUCCCUUCUCCUUCUUCCGACAACGGCAAACGAAAACGCCGGCCGGCCGGAACUCCAGAUCCGGACGCUGAGGUGGUGUCACUAUCGCCGAAAACCCUACUCGAAUCGGACCGUUACUUGUGCGAGAUCUGCGGCCAGGGAUUCCAGCGAGACCAAAACCUUCAGAUGCACCGGCGGCGGCACAAGGUUCCGUGGAAGCUCCUGAAGCGGGAGACGGCGGUGGCCAGGAAGCGCGUGUAUGUGUGCCCCGAGCCGAGUUGCCUCCACCACGACGCGCGCCACGCGCUGGGUGACCUCGUCGGGAUAAAGAAGCACUUCCGGCGGAAGCACAGUAAUCAGCGGCAGUGGGUUUGUGUAAAGUGCUCAAAGGGCUACGCCGUACAGUCAGACUAUAAAGCCCACCUCAAGACCUGCGGCACCCGAGGCCACUCAUGCGAUUGCGGACGGGUUUUCUCGAGGGUGGAGAGUUUCAUCGAGCACCAAGACGCCUGCAGCAUGGGCCGAUUCCGGUCAGAAACCCAUGCACCACCCUCCGCCUGCCUCUCUCGGACGGCCUCCAGCCCCAGCCCAUCCAGUGACACCAACCUCAGCGUAGGCCUGUGGCCCGGCCCGAAUAAGAACCCGCCGCCCAAUCUCGAGCUCGAGCUCCUAACCCGACCCACUUCUUCUCCUCUCGAAGUCCCACCAGGUGGGCCCGCAUUGCUGGAGCAGGCCCGCCUGAGAGCGGCCGUGGCGGAGAGGGCCCAGGCGGAGGAGGCGAGGGCCCGGGCCAAGCGCCAGCUAGAUUUGGCCGAGCAGGAAUUCUCAAACGCAAAGAGGAUAAGGAUGCAGGCUCAGGCGGAACUCAUGAAGGCUCAGGCGCUGAGGGACCACGCGGCUGAUCGAAUGAACUCGACUGUUUGGGAAAUAACGUGCCAUUUGUGUAGGCGGAAGUUUGAAUCCGGUGUGGCGGGUCCACCGCAGGAAGUUGCGGCCUCGUCGUCGUCUUCGAUUGGGUUGAGCUAUAUAUCAGCUGCGCUAAGGGAAUGGGAAGUCAGAAAAAGUGAUUGAAAAUUAAUUAAAGAAGAGAAUUGCCAUAAUUAAGGAUAAAUUGUAAAAUAUAGUCAGAAUUUUGUAUGCGGUGGCAAUAAUAGCCACCUUCUUUAUGAAUUAGCAAUAAUAGCCAACAAACCUUUAAAAUUUCGAGGUUAUUAACCAAAUUCGACUAAAUUACAAAAUAUUGCAAAAAUCCUUUACGCGGUGGAUAUAAUAACUAUCGAAUUUGGCCGGACUAAGGUAAUAAUCCCAAAAUUUUAAAA